UCACUGUGCGCUCCACCUGCCAGACGGAGAGAUCUCCUCCAACUCCACGACUCCUCCAACUGCAGCAUGGACGGACGGAAGACGGAAAAACGUGAAACAGGAGCUUUAUGGGUCUGAUGCGAGCCUCUUCAUCAUCAUCAUCAUCAUCUCUCUCUUUGUGAAGUGAUGAGUUUAGUGAUCAGUCGGUCAUCUGAUCUUCGGCUUCUCUGGCUCUCACAGAGCUCUCCAUGAGACAUGGUGCUUCCUGAAAAAACCUCCAGACCAUCUGCUCCCAAGAAGGUCCCCCAGCAGCAGCGUGGCCCGGGGCACCAGAGCUUGCCCUCCCCGGCCCUGUGCUGCGCCUGCGGCCUGUGCAUCAUGCUGGCCGGCAUCAACAUCACCCUGGUGGGAGCUUUCGCCUUUGGCACCUUCAUCCCUACUGGCAACCCCCCCAUCGUCAUCGGCCCUCUUCUUUUAUUGGUAGCCCUGGCUUUCUUCACCGCGUGCUGCGUGGCUAGCAGGAGGCCCCCGGCCCACAUGGCCCACAAAGCUAAAGGAGGCGAGAAGUGGGGACUGAUGCGGAUGGGGACGGCGGCGUUUGAGAUGGAAGCGAGCGAGCACACGCUGCAGGACACCACCGCCGUUCAGCUCAGCCCCACCAACUCCCCGACCUUCUCUCACAAGUCCGUCUCCAGCCACGGGGGCCAAACCGGCUGUCGGGACGGAGCCGAUGGGCUGCACGUGCCAGAGAUGUCGGACACGGGUGUCACUGGAGAUGAUAACGCCGCCUUGACCUCUGACAGCAAGGCGAGCACUCCUACACAGAUGCUGCCCGCUCUGAACUCUUCCUCCACGUAGCAUGGACUUAUUUAUUGGCUGUUUGCAGGAUGGAAACGUCUGGUGUGACUGACAAGAAGACUUCUGACAAAAGCAACCUAGUCUCACAGAAAUCCGUGGAAUAGCCACGGAUUCGCUCAAA